GUGCUUUAUAGUCAACGCAUAACACAAGACGUCCUGUUGUCACAGGUCACAUUGAUUUAUCAUAAUAUUAUCAAUUGUAGGACGUAGAGAUUACGGUAAUAAUAUUUAUUACCGUAAUAAGUGGCUGUUUUAGGGCUUAAAUUAUUUAUUUUUUGAAAAUUUAAUUUAGUACAUUAAAUUAUUUUAAAAGUAUUACAAGAAUAUUCCUAGUUUAGUUUUUUAGUUAUCAUGUCUAGUUUAAAAUUUUCAACACUAUUGUCUAAUAAUGGAUUUAUGUUUACUUUAAAAAGAUCAAUUGCUUCAUUAUCAUCUCUAUCUGAAACACAUCAAUUGUUAUAUAAAACUUGCAGAGAUUUUGCUGAGGGAGAACUAAAACCAAAUGCAGCCAAAUUUGACCGGGAACAUUUGUUUCCAGAAAAACAGAUAAGACAAAUGGGUGAAUUAGGUUUAAUGGCUAUUAGUACCCCAGAAUCAUUAGGUGGUACUGGUCUCGAUUACUUAGCAUAUGCUAUUGCUAUGGAAGAAAUUUCUAGAGGAUGUGCAUCAGCUGGAGUAAUAAUGAGUGUUAAUAAUUCUUUGUAUCUUGGUCCCAUUAAUAAGUUUGGCAAUGCACAACAAAAAGAAGAAUUCAUCAGACCUUUUACUAAUGGUGAAAAUGUUGGUUGUUUUGGGUUAAGUGAACCAGGCAAUGGAAGUGAUGCAGGAGCUGCAUCUACUAUGGCAACUAAAAAUGAAUCUUCAUGGACACUUAAUGGUACUAAAUCAUGGAUUACAAAUGCUCAUGAAGCCAAAGCAUCAGUUGUAUUUGCAACAACUGAUAAAUCUAAAAAACAUAAGGGAAUCAGUGCAUUUUUGGUUAAGACUGAUAAUCCAGGUUUUUCUCUGGGAAAAAAAGAAGAUAAGCUUGGUAUCCGUGGUUCAUCUACUAGUAAUUUAAUUUUUGAGGACUGUUCAAUUCCAGAAAAAAAUCUUUUAGGGGAACCAGGACUAGGGUUUAAAAUUGCAAUGAUGACAUUAGAUGCUGGUCGUAUUGGUAUUGCAUCACAGGCAUUAGGGAUUGCUCAAGCUUCUUUAGAUGUAGCUGUUGAGUAUGCUACUAAAAGAGUGGCUUUUGGUGCACCUAUUUCAAAAUUACAAAGUAUUCAAAAUAAAAUAGCCAAUAUGUCUUUACGAUUAGAAAGUGCACGAUUAUUGACUUGGAGAGCUGCUGUUCUGAAAGAUGAACAUAAACCUUUUACUAAAGAAGCUGCAAUGGCGAAAUUAGCAGCGUCCGAAUCAGCUACAUUUAAUUCUCAUCAAUGUAUUCAAAUUUUGGGAGGUAUGGGAUAUGUAUCUGAUAUGCCUGCUGAACGACAUUAUCGUGAUGCUAGAAUAACUGAAAUUUAUGAAGGUACUUCUGAAAUACAAAGGCUCGUAAUUGCUGGAAAUGUUUUUAAAGAAUAUAAUUUGCAAUAAUUUUAUAAAAAAAUUAUUCGAUUGAUUUAUACAACUUGAAAGUAUAGCUUUUGUACAAUUAUAUUAUACAAUUGGUAUAUAUGAUUUAAUAGAAACAGUAAAAUUAUCAACCUAAAUUGUAAUUUUUAAUUUAUUAUAAAUGAUAAAUCUUAACAUUUUUUGUUAUAAAUUACUCUUCAUAGUGAAAUAAUACGCAUUUUCAUAUUAAAAUAAAUAUAGUGUAUUGAUAUGUAGA